UAUUUAUUAGGCCCAAUAAAUAAUACAUUCGUGAAUCGUCUUCGGCUUUUAACCUGUCUCUUCCAGUUUUAACCCACGUAAUCAUUUUCACACCAACUCUCUCGACACCUGUCUUCCACGUGGCAGUCCCUCGCAAUCCUGACCGCUGUUAAUUCUCCAAAAUUUAUCUUUCAAAAAGCCCCCCCAUCCAGCGAGGGAAUAUUCAGAUGCCCAGAAGAAAGAAGGAAUAAUGGCACCCAGAAAGCGCCGAGGAAGGCUGAGCGCGGUGGUCACAUCCCGGAAAGUGGUUGAAGAAACCGUCCAAGUGGUGGUUACUGCCGCCGCCGGAGAAACCGAGUAUCAAUCCCAACCAAACGUCGACGCGUUCGCCUCUCAGGUUUCCGAUAAUGGAACUGAACAAGUGGAGGUUUCCACCCCGCCGGCCCAAGAAGAACCUCCCAUAGUUAAAAGAACGAUUCCCGUUGAAGAUAAGAGCGGUGACGAGUCACCGCCGCCGCUUCAAAACCAAGAAAAUGAAGAAGACGAGACACAACCGGCGUCAGAACCGGAACAGAUACCGGCACCGCCUCUGCCAAAGAAGAAAGAGGAAGAGCAAACCAAAAGGAGCACGAGAAGUGCUCCACGAGAUGGCGGUGGCGGCAAGAGGAAGAGAAAACGGCGGUGGGGGAGAAGUGCGGGCAGCGGUGAAGGGUACAAGAGGUACGUGUUUAAGGUGAUGAAACAAGUGCACCCGGAUUUGGCGAUAUCGUCGAAAGCCAUGACGGUGAUCAACAACCUGAUGGGAGACAUGUUCGAGAGGAUAGCGGUGGAGGCGGCGACGCUGUCAAAGUACAUCUCCCGGGCGACGCUGUCGUCGAGGGAGAUUCAGGACGCCGUCAAGUUGGUGCUGCCGGGAGACCUGGGAAAGCACGCCAUUGCCGAGGGGACAAAGGCGGUCACCACUUAUUUAGGCACAAAGUCAAACCCCAAGCCAAACUGAUGUAUUUCUGCUUUGUUUUAUUUAUCUUUUAAGCAGUUUUAUGUGUGUAUUAUUAAGGUUAGUUGUAUGGAGUCCCAUGUAGUCAAGGGCCUUUUCGUCAAAUUGCGUGUAUUGCAUUGCAUGCUCGCUCGGCGUAGGUAGUUUAUGUAAUUUGAUAGGAAACGAUGUCGUUUGUGUAUGUAAAUAUAUGUUACGUUGGUUGCCC